GCCUUGCUCAUGGACGGGAAGGCAGGGGGCAGGACCGAUUUAGGCUAGCGAAGCUGCAGGGCAGUUUGUGUGAUAAUGAUUACGACAAAAGAAAUGUAAGAGAAUAAUUUUAAAACCAUGAAUAUUCGUGGAUUCUUUCAAGAUUUUAAUCCAAGUAAAUUCCUCAUCUACGCCUGCCUGUUGCUGUUCUCUUUGCUGUUGUCGCUGCGGCUGGAUGGCGUCAUUCAGUGGAGCUACUGGGCCGUGUUCACCCCUGUGUGGCUCUGGAAGCUCCUGGUUAUUAUUGGAGCUUCUGUGGGCACAGGGGUGUGGGCCCACAACCCACAGUACAGGGCCGAGGGGGAGACGUGUGUGGAGUUCAAGGCCAUGCUGAUCGCCGUGGGGAUCCACCUCCUGCUGCUGAUGUUCGAGGUGCUGGUGUGCGACCGCAUCGAGAGGGGAACGCACGUCUGGCUCCUGGUGUUCAUGCCCCUGUUCUUCGUCUCGCCUGUCUCCGUGGCAGCCUGCGUCUGGGGCUUCCGACACGACCGCUCCCUGGAGCUGGAGAUUCUCUGCUCUGUUAACAUCCUGCAGUUCAUUUUCAUCGCCCUGCGGCUGGACAACAUCAUCAACUGGCCCUGGCUGGUCGUGUGUGUGCCGCUCUGGAUUCUGAUGUCAUUCCUCUGUCUGGUGGUGCUGUACUACAUUGUGUGGUCCGUGCUCUUCCUGCGCUCCAUGGACGUCAUCGCCGAGCAACGCCGCACGCACAUCACCAUGGCGAUCAGCUGGAUGACCAUCGUGGUGCCCCUGCUCACCUUCGAGAUCCUCCUGGUCCAUAAGCUUGAUGGGCACAACAGCUUCAGCUAUGUGCCCGUGUUCGUCCCACUGUGGGUGUCCCUGCUGACCCUCACGGGCACCACCUUCGGCCAGAAAGGAUGCAACCACUGGUGGUUCGGCAUACGGAAGGAUUUCUGCCACUUCCUGCUGGAGCUCUUCCCAUUCCUGCGGGAGUACGGAAACAUCUCCUACGACCUGCACCACGAGGACCCCGAGGUGUCCGAGGAGAUGCCUCUGCCCGAGCCACCCAAGAUCGCCCCCAUGUUUCGCAAGAAGACCGGCGUGGUGAUCACACAGAGCCCUGGCAAAUAUUUUGUGCCUCCCCCCAAGCUGUGCAUCGACAUGCCGGACUAGAGCUCCGUCUGUCUGGACCAAAUGUUCUCUGAACUAGGGGGAGGAGCCUGCGGGCUGCCCAUUGACCUCACUCUCUACAUUAUCCCAGGGACCUGUGCUAUCCUAGCCCCUCCCCUCGCUCUGACAGUGGCACUGAAUCUGAAGUGACUUAUUGAAAACGCCAUCUAGCGGUGUCAUCAGUGGGUGCCUCUGCCUGCCUUCUGGCUCUCCCUUGCUCAUAUUUAUUUGUAAAAAAAAAAAAAAAUGUAAAGGUCUUAUCUUUACUUUUUAAGGAGUGAGGAGAUUCUGCCAACUGGAGGGGGAAGUGAACCAAUGGGAUGAUGGGGCAGAGGUCUGCGUGUGUGUGGUGUGUUGGAGUGAUGGUGUGUGAGAGAACGUGACAGUGAUGUGUGUGUGUGUGUGUGUG